AUGGCAAGCUCCAAGAGGGCUUAUGCCAAGGAGAAGCUCCCAGGAUUGCUGCCACCCGUGCCCCUUCCCUGCAGCGAGCCACUGCCAGCCCACACACCUCCACAGGAGAUGCUCCAACUCCAGCAGGCAGAGCUGGUUCAGUCUCCCGGGGGGCAUUGCUCCUUUCCCCCGGGUCCUGGCGUGUGCGAGACUUUGUUCGUGACCUCUAAGAGUAGAGUCUGUUCCCCUCAGUCCUGUGGAAGUCCUGUAAUCAAAUCCCGCUGGCCUUCAGUUAGAUUCCCUGGGGAUUCCUGGUGUCUUUGCCCCGUCCCCAGGCUGGAGAGCUUGAUGUGGGGCUCAGAACCUUCACGACAGCGGGAGAACCUCUUUGGUGCCACUGUUCUCCGGCUUCCGUGGUAG